UGAAAUACUGAGGGAUGGAGAUUCGGUUUACAAUUCAAUGUUUCAAAAAGGGUUUGUGGUGAUAACUCUCUCUUUUUCUCUUCUCUUCUCUUUACCCAUCGGAGCGAUCACAAGCCAAAAGCCAUCUCUCUCGUCGGAAUUCCUCUCUCUUUAUCGCCGGAAAAGAGCUAACAAGACGAGAGAAACUUCAUCUUUCUAUCUGCGUGUGUGUAUCUUGGAGUAAUCUUCGACUCGCUGUCUGAAUUCAUUCCGGUUGAAGGGUUUUUGGCGUGAUUCCUCGGAAAUGGAUUCCUGGAUUCCACUUCAGUAGCUUCAAAGUCCAUGGGUUUCGUCAGGGAUUUCUGGAGGAACCAUAGGAGGAAGAUUUUCGUGACGGCGGGUUGCGUGGGAAGUGGGUAUUUGCUCUACAAACUAUACCAUGCCCACACUCGUAGGCUCGCAGACUUGGAACGAGAGCUCGCCAUCGAGCGUGAGAAUGAAGAACUCAUCAAAACCCAAAUGAAAGCCCAUUUCGAGAACAUUCAGAUGAUCGCCGAUGCUACGACACUGCCUCAUGCAAUGCAAUAUUUGAGCGGUCGUAUAAUGAAUGAGAUCGAUGUUUCUAUCAUUAUGGAGAGCCUCAAUAAGGGAAAAGGAACGUUGAGUCCAUCUGAGAAGCUUCAGCUUUGGGAUAAACUCAAAAUUUUAAGCUUCACUAGGAUGGUUUUGUCCCUGUGGUCAGUCACAAUGCUAAGCUUGUACAUUAGGGUUCAAGUCAACAUUUUGGGCAGACAUUUGUAUAUUGACACCGCUAGAGAUCUGGGCAGCUCACAUCUACUUGAAGACUUAGAUCUCAUCGACAGAGAUGACGAACAAAAAUUCCUUUCAAGUGCUGAUUUCCUUGCUACCCGUGGCAUGCCUGGUUUGAUUUCUAAUAUUCAGGGGGCAGUCAUAGAAGUUCUCAAGGGAAAGCAGUUGAAGGAUGUUUUCACAACCAGCGUUCUUCAAGAGACAGUGAUGCAGAUUUUGGAUGUGUUCAUGAGCACUGGAAGUCCCCAUCACUGGGUGGAUUACCUGAUGAUACCCCAAGAGACAAGACCCUCAAGAAUCGACUCAAACUCUUCAGACAAUCUCACCAAAGUUUCUCCUUCCAAUGUAACAGUGGCCAAGUUCGAUCAACUCAUGGUUGAAACCCGAGAAGUGCUCACCAGCACCGAAUUCACCAACAUAGCAGAGAUAUCCCUGAAGACGUUCACCGCAGCAUUGGUAGAGGAGAUGGGAACUGAGGGCAGUCUGGGAACGGGGGGGAUGCCAUUGGCGAAACUCCUACCGAGGAUUGAGAUGACGAUACCGGUUGUUACAGCAGAACCGGGCAAGAACCGGUUCUUACAACUCAUCCGGGAUCUGCCUGAAGUUCAGCUCUUUUUCACUCUCUUAUACGCAAGUAUGCCGCAAUAGUCUUUUUAGUGUCCUCAGAUGCAAAAAUAAUGCCCCUCUCUGUUCUCUCUCUUUUUGGUUGGGAUCUUAGCAUCAAAGUGAAAGGAGAGUAGGGUGUUUGUUGUUAGUUAAUGACAUUGUUUGGAUUACUGAACUAUUUGACAAAAGGGUCACACCUCUGUUAUUGGUUUUCACAUUGUUUUCCCCAAAAUAUAGGCUUUUUCAAUACAA